AUGCGGUACAUCCAUAGCUCCCCAAACUUUUAUUCAGACUUCCGCACUGCCCGUUUCACGACCCUCGGUACCACCGGCCGUCUGGGCCCGACCAGCCUGGGGACCCACUACCGCGGACAGGACCACGAGGGGCUGGUGCAGCUGAAGGACGGGAUUCAGUACUUCACUGUACCAGAUACUGGACAGUACAGGGUAGAGGCGGCAGGUUCUGCCGCAGGUUGGGGUGUAGAAGACCUCAAGUCCGCCAGAGGGCGCGGUGCGGUGGUCAGUGGGACCUUUCAACUGCAGAAAGGUGAAGUGUUGAAGAUACUUGCAGGCCAAGAGGGAGCGGAGAACAUGUCAAGCCAAGCCGUCGGUGGUGGAGGCGGAACCUUCGUCACCAAGACGGACAACACGCCGCUGAUCGUGGCGGGGGGUGCGGGGGGAGGGGAUCUCUUGAAGAAAAGGAAACCCAACAGUGACGGUACAACCGUGACAGCAGGGCAGUACAGCGCAGGUGGUGUUACUAACUUUGCAGGAGGUUCUGACGGAAAAGGUGCCACACAAGGGGAUGAUGAGCAUGUCGGUGGGGGAGGUGGGGGGCUCCUAACGGACGGCGCGAGCGGGAAAGUGCACUUUGGAGGCAUUGAUGGGAAUAGUGGAGGUGAGGGUGGGAGAGCUUUCGUUAACGGUGGAGUCGGUGGGAGGGGGGUGAAGAACAAUGCAGAGGGCGGGUUUGGAGGAGGGGGAGGGAGUCUUGGUGCUGGAGGUGGGGGAGGAGGAGGGGGUGGGUACUCAGGAGGAGGGAGGGGGGAUAACUAUAAUGGAGCCUGUGGGGGUGGAGGCGGCUCCUAUAACUCUGGAUUAGACACUAGAGGUGAAGGAGGGGCCAAUGACGGACCGGGGUAUGUUGUACUUACCAGGGUGAUAUAA